GUGCUUGUUGGAAUGGUAUUGGGGAAGGUCAAGGUUCCUUGGAAAUAUAAACAGUUUAUUGAUGAUAUUUGUGGAAUUUUGCAUAGAUUUAAUAUCAAGGUUAGUCACAUUUUCAGGGAAGCUAACGGUCUUGCAGAUUUUCUGGCUUCUUAUGCUGUCAACGAAGCCUGCUGUUUUGAAUUUUUGGGUACUGAUUCCCUGCCUAUAGCUGGGAAGAUGAGGUUGCAUCACGAUCAACUUUCUUUGUCUACAUUGAGACGACAAAUGAUCUUGGUUGAUAGCACUUGCAGGCAGCUUGAUACUGUUGACGUGCGCUUGAAUGGGAGACAGGAGCAGUUGCCUCUGUUGGUUGGGCUGGUUCUGGGGUCCUUUUGCUUUGGGCUGGUUCAUGUUGCUGGGGGUCUCCUGCGCCCUGCUGGUUUUGGGCUGUUCACGUGCACUGUUCAUGUGCACAGCUUGUUUAAUGCAGCUGCUGGCCCUCACUCUUCGGUUAUCUUCUAUCUUCAGCUGGGUUUUGAUGGCCUUUUACCUGGUUUUUCAGCUGGUCUCCGUCAGCUGUCUUUUCUUAUGGUGUCUGCUGGUUCUUGGUCUGCCGCCUGGCCUUCAUUGCAGGCUGCCACAGUAGCUGGGGACUGUUCACGCGACUGUUCACGUGACCUGCCUGGCUCCUGCUGCAGCUGUUUUUCUGCGGUGAUCAUGCUGCCUUCCCAGCUGGUUUCAGCUUCUCAUGGAUUUGCGUCUGUCAGCUGGUUAUGGAUCUCUUUCAGCUGCUGCUCUCCUCGUUUUCAGCUGACGCAGUUAUGUUUUGGUUCCUUCGGCUGCUUUCAUACGGUUGCUCAUGGUGUUCAGCUGGACUCUCAGCUGGAUUUCCAGCGGCUCCUAUGCAGCUAUUUAGCUGGUUCAGCUGCAGCUGGUCUCCUCACCUUCUCUCUGCUGGGGCUCUAUGGAUUGUCUCUUCUGGUUUCAGCUGGUUUUAAUGGUUCUCCAGCUGGAAUUUCAGCUGUUUCUCAUCCUUUUUAUGGCCUUUGCGCCUUUGCUUGUCCUGAUGCUGCUUGGAUUAAAGCCAACUUUGGCCUUUCUCUUUUUGUUCAAGCUAUACUUUUGCUUCUUUACAAUCGUCUUGAUGUUUGUGAUGAUGCACAGCUCUCUGUUGCCUUUUAUGCAUUUUUUUCUCCGUUUCUUGGGAAGAACGUGUAUGAAUACGUGGCCGUUGGUGUUUAUUCCUUCUUGGCACUCUGUGUAUUUGUGCUCUAUGUGAGAUGCAGAGCUAUUGAUCCCGCUGAUCCUGGAAUUUUGACUGAAGCUGCCGAAACACCAGCUUAUGGAUUGCAAAAUGACACAGAUUUGCGUGGAAUUGCAUCUUCUCGUGAAGAACCUAGCAAAGCCGGAUUGGAGAAUGGAGGAAAAUCUGAUAGGUGUGGUUCAAGUGGUUGUUCAAAAAUUGUGGGACUCGUUUGUGGUUUUUUUGCGUGGGAAGAUUGUCGGAAAGAUGAAGAUCUUUUUGCUCAACAAACUGGAGAAGAAGAUGCUUUGUUCUGCACAUUGUGCAAUGCUGAGGAUGACUUGACAGCCACACUCGUACAACAGUGUCACCAGUCCCAAUUUACUGUGCAGAGAAUCAUCGAGACCGCUGGGGAUAAUGAGGCCUUGCUCUUUGAAGCCUUAGCAAAGAAGAGGCCCUGA